AUUGCGCUAGAAUCGCAGUUCGCUCUUUCCUUACAUUUUCAUGAAAAAUUUUCCUAGCAGACGCAUGCCCUUCAAAGUUUUGUAAUUUGUCACUUAAAUCUCUUCAUCACACGUUAGCAAACUUUUUCUCGUUUGUUGUGGAACGAGGUAAUAAAAUGCCCCAUUUGAAAAUCACUACAAAUGUUUCAAAAAGUUCAGUUCCAAGUAAUUUUUUGAAAGAGACUUCCGCGUUAAUUUCUAAAAUGCUUGGCAAGCCAGAAAGUUACUGUGUGGUGACAGUGGUACCAGACCAAAUGAUGCUGUGGGGUGGAGAAGAAGGACCAUGUGCCAUUGCCCACCUUAUGAGCAUUGGAAAAUUGGGAGUAAAAGAGAACAAAAACUACUCCAAAAUUCUUGGGGAACAUAUUGAGAAGCAUUUGGGUGUAGCCCCCAACCAUAUGUACAUAGAAUACCAAGACAUUAAAACUGCUGAUCUUGGAUAUGAUAACACUACUUUCCAUGAUAUCCUUGGCUGAAAUCAAUAAUUGACUCAUUGUCAUUGUCAUUUUUGUUUCAAAAUAUAUACAUCAUAUGCAUA